AUGUUCACAUCGGAACCCGACUUGUGCUUCCAGAUUAAGCAGUGCAGCUCCUGGAACCAAAGCUCCGUCCUUACACGCUUCAACAUCUGGCGUCCAGCGUAUUUUGGUACCUCUCUUUCACAGCUAGGGCCAGAGCCUGUGAAGUUUAAUCGCAAAAACGACCUCAUCAUCACGGAACAUGAAGAUGACACUGAAGUCAUGAAGAUGCGCGACACCGGUACUAUCUCCUUCAGCACGGAUGGCCUAUUUGCCGGCAUCGAUGUCGACCCACCUGGCUUCUUAGCGUGCAGAGUGUGCAACUCCUUCCGAGGGGUCCUUUACUUACCCAACGGCGAGCGCUGGAUGUGGAAUGAAUUUGACGGAGAGCACUAUCAGUUUAAGCGCUACGACGAUGCUCGAAAUAAGGAUGUGCCCCAGAAGACUCUCAUGUGGCAGAUCGGCCGCAACCGGGUACCUGGACAGGCUUCAGGCCUGCCGGCAGACUUGCCGUUCAUUGUAGAUCGCGAUACGCGCAUCUGUCGGAUUAACGAAUUUACGGAGUAUGAACCGGUUCCGAGUAAAGUCCCCAUUGCUGUUAUGAAUCGGGAAUGGCUUGUCCUUUUUGAUGGGACGGAGCCGAAGAUGGCUGAGGUUCAAACUGAGGAUAAUCAGGCUUUGAUUUUGAUGUCAGGGCUUGCGAUUGCACAGUACGAAGGGUGGCUAGUGAAAUGA